AUGCUCCUUGACAUCGGCCUUGGCAAUGAACUUUUGGAGAUCAACAUUGUGGUGGCCCUUACGGGGGUUCAAGAGAAGACCCUGGAUGACUCUGAGGCUGUCUCCGCACAGGAAGACAGCCUCCACUUACUAAAGCUUGUCGCCUUAAAGGAACGUAAGGUCGCCAAGGAGAAACUGCAGUUUGCUCAGACCCAGAAGGAGCUGCAGGAAGACGCCACUGUCCCUGUGGGGCCAGGAACAAGUUUUAUUAAAAAGCAAACGCCCCUGCGGGAGAACAGAUCCCGCCCAGACGUGGUACCUGGUUCUGCUCAGCCUUCUGACGCCCCGCCCUGCUGUCACUCAGAGGAGCGGGGGGCGGGUCCUUGCGAACUGUCCAAUCAGGGGAGCAGCAGGGGCAGGUGGGUGGGGCCACGCUCCGCAAAACAUGCGGACGCUCGUGGCCGCGCUCCGACGGUGUCUCGCCUGCGCUUGGGGCUCAGGUGUCUGUGCUGCCGCGUCGGUCCCUUGGGACCAGCCGUGGCCGCCGGAGGAGUGGGGGCGACGCUGGCGGACCCAGAACCCGGGAAACGCCGGAUUUGGCCUGUUCAUAAAUCUGGAAGGAAUGAACGGCACCUCACAGUGGAUCACUGCAACCUGGAGGCUGCGGUCGCGCCAAACACAGCCCUAGACCCAGUCCCCAACAGUAUGGAAAGCACUGACUCCGUCCAGUCAGCAGCUGGUAAACAUUCUGCUCGCACAGACUCAGCUGAGUCUGUUCUGUUCAGAGCCUGUGUCCACAGCCUCUUAGCUGCACUGGGCCUUCCCCUUUGAGGGGACAUGAUGCCCCUUUACUGGGUUGUCCUCAUGGAUCUUCCACAGCUGUGCCCUCUCACAGCCACUGCAGGCGGGGUCUGAACUGCACCCACCUUGCCCCAGGAGCACAGUGUAACAUGACCCUAACGACAUCCUCCUCCAAGGACGUUCGGUUGACCUUCAUUCAGGACAAACAAAUAUUGAAGAGAGGAGCUCACGAAAAGCAGAUGGGCCAUUCCCCACACAUAAUGUGAGGCCUUGACACCUUGGUUGAAUUCCUAAAAACUAUUUGGUAAGCCAGGGGCUGCUCCUCCCUGAUAAUGGGAAGAAAUAGCUAUUGUCCUCAUAGCACACCCGUUUCUGCAGGUUCUCUUGAUGUUUGGGAGGCAAUAUAUUUCUUGUUUACAGGUUUUCCUUGAGCCCGUUUAUGCUGUUAUGUGCAAAUUUGCCACCCUGAGUGGGCACCCCUACCACAGAAGGCUGGAGACUCUCUUCAAAUUGUCCUACAGCCAACACUCCUGUUAGUGUCCUUGGAGAUUCCUUCCCUACGGAGGCCUCAGUGACCUUCUGUCAUGUCUUCUGGGGUACCCUUGAUGGCCUUAAGUUGCCUGUAGGCUUCUGAUGCAAGAACCUGCCCCAGCCCCCCACUGUGUGCCAUUGGAGCUGCAGUCACCACCACAUACUGGUCUCUCCUGAUGAUAGAGGCUCUCCGAGGCCCUGAGCAUGGGACCCAUGGGACCCUCCACUCAGCUGCCCGUUAUGCUUUGGGCUCUGGAAACAGCACCCCAUGAGCUCAGCACGGCUCCUAAGACCUCCUUGAGACACGAUGGAGCCAAACCUGGGCUCUCUGGGAUAUCCUACCUGCAGGAGCGGGUGCCCUUCCAUCCUGUCAGUUCCUUGCCACGUGCCAUUGUUCUGGAAGAGGUCACCCCUCUCCCAGACCCCUUGGCUCCCAGGGAAGUGUCUUGGUUUAACGCAGUGAACUGCAACAUGAGUUUGCAACAUUUGUACAAGAUGGAGCCCAGUGGAGAGUUACUGCUUUUCAUCUCUUAAUUGAGACAACCUUCAUAAAGAAGGGGACCCCAACAUAACUGAAACAUCCCAAACUAACCACACAUCAGGCGGUUAUAUUAUUUUAAAAGUUCUUUAAGAAGUUUAUCCCCUCCUCACCAGCAGAUUGGCUCACCCACAUCCAGGGAGAGAAAGGCGUGCGGGUCCCGUGAUGUUGAGGGUAGGGUCCGUCGGAAGCGGGUGGAGCCUAGCUCAGAUACCCAUCUGACAAGAUCAGAGCAGCAGGAGAAUGGACACUGCAGUACAGAGAGAUGGAAGGACCUCAAAUUUGAUUGACGAUGCUUGGCAAGAAGACAAGCUGCCAUCUCGAGGGUGUUGCAAUACCACUGAGCAGGACAAGAGGUGGCACCACAGAAUCUGUUAGAGAAUGAGAAAUGAAGUGGACAGGUAGCCUUAUGGUACCUCCGUGGGAACAUUUCCCCCAUGGGUAACUGAUGUCUGGCUCCUCUCCCCUGGACGGUUUCAGAAAACACAUAGAUACAAAAUGCUUUCUUUCAGCCUCCUAAUUCAGAUCUUUUAGUAAUAGACCAGCACUCCGAAUGCACACCCGCUUAGUUUGCGGAAGCAAAGCGCAAUGUGGAAAUACCAGAAUGAGAAACUGGUUGAGAUUUCUCGGGAAUGCAGACUGUUUGACUCUCUGAACCUCUGGUUCUUCAUUCACUAGGUCGUGUUUGAACAUGAUUGGUUAAACAUUUGCCUUUCACUCUGAUUUUGCUUUGCUGUCACUGUUUAACACAUUCCAGCUGGUUAUCUGUGUCCUGGGACACGGGCGACUGAAGUUAUGUGAGGAAAGGGCAAAGGAGACGAAGCAAGACAUAAGGAGAAUUAUUAACUUCUCAUGCACGCCUGCUCUGAGCAGCAUCCUGAGCGGAUGUGUGUCAAGCCUGUGGGCGUGAUGGAUAGAGAGAGAGCCUUCACUGAUCACUGAGAUUCAAGAUCCCCCAUGGCGUUCUCAGACUUUGGUCACAUUUCGAUUUAAAAGGUUACGUGACAGUUACCUCUGCUCUCCCUACAGCUUCUUUUGAUGCCCCUGGAAAGGAUCUUUGGCUAGAGGGACUGCUAGUUUUAUCCGGUAAUGGAAUUGCUUAAUUGCUCAGAGCCCUUCCAGAUGUCACUGGGACACCGUGAAGUCAGCAUUUAGUUACACAUUUGUAUAAGAACUUGAUUUUGCAGAACCCGUUUGUGGACAUUUAUCUCCUGGAAGUAUUUGCCUCUCUAAGUGGUGUCUGUCUGCUUCUCUACCCGAAUUGUGAACUCUGUGCGAAGAGGCCCUGGCUUAUACUUCUGUUUCCCUCCUGAAAAACAGAAAACACUAGAUGAUUGAAAAAUAAAAAGAAAUUUUAAAAAA